CAUGUUACCUAAGAAUGCUUGAUCCAGGGGUUACUGGCGAGAGGUAUCGAUACGCCGCGCUGCUCAUGGUUGCGAGGCUGGUAGCAACUAAAAGGAGGAGAUGUAAACAAUCAUUCAACAUGGCUGCGCCCGCAGAUGAAAAAGAAAGCGCAGAAUCACUUCUGGCGGAGACCCAAAAGAAGAUUGCUGAUGCGUUUGAUAUUUUUGACCAUGAAUCCAACAAGACUGUUGAUGUCAGAGAGGUGGGCACAAUCAUCAGGUCACUGAAUUGUUGCCCAAGCGAGGGGGAGCUUCAUGAUCUCCUAGCCGAGAUGGAGGAGGAAGAACCGACUGGUUACAUCCGCUUUGACCGCUUUCUCAAGACAAUGACUGGGGUGCUGAUGGAGAGAAAGUUCAAGGCUUCGCCGGAAGACCAGUUACAAAAGGCAUUUGAGGUAUUAGACAUGGACAAAAAGGGACACCUGACUGUUGAAGAACUCACCAAGUACAUGACAGAGGAAGCCGAGCCCUUCACCCAAGAAGAAUUGGAGGAGAUGCUCUCUGCAGCAGUGGAUCCAGAUAAAGGUGUCAUUCUGUACAAAGACUACGCCUCACUUAUGGCUGUUGAUGAAACAGCUUGAAAUACUCCUUCCAUUUCCACUGUAGACUUUUGUAAAUAGAAGUAUUUUUUGAAGUUGUAUUAUAAUGAUGAGAUAACAGUGUCAUUUUAAAUUUAAAUUAUCCCUCUGGUAAGGGGGAAUGAGUUUGUGAUAUUUUCGAAAUCAGAGCAAGCCGAGCAAGCUAUUGAAAACUUUGACUGGGCCAAUAAACGUGUCUUUUCAGAUACUUGACAAGAAGAGUACAUCAUUGGGUUUGGGAAUAAUAAAUUUGUUUUGUUGAUGUUUUGUCAGUUUGUAUGUUGAUCCUCAUUGGGUUUACUACUACAUUUGUGGCAAUCAAAAUAAUGAAUUGUGAUGUGUGGAGUCUUCAAAUGCCGUUUCCCAACUUCUAUUUAUUUCAGAUGGAAACAUUUCUCUGGAGACUUGGUG